ACCAUGAUAUUCUUGCAUUAAAAACAGACAGUUAAUAUGUAAUGCAUAUGUAGGCAGAGAGACUGAGUUUUUUUUAUAUGAUUCUGAGAGAUGAGGGGCGGGGCUUGUGCUGCCACGUGACCAAGACUUUACUUAUAAAUAUCAGGACCGUCGAGUCCUACGAAAUUACACGUACACAACAACACGCGACGGUUACAGCGAGAUUAACCGAAAUUAUCGGGUUUAAAUGUUCUGCGCUCCGGUACACGAACAGGACAAAUCCGUGUAAUAGUCGGUAAAGUGUGUGAGGGCCAUGAUUAGCGCGAGACGGCGGUUUUAAAGACGAUCACAGAGUUUAUUCAUCGAGAUUGAUCGGUGUGAUGGAUCGCGGCGGGUGUCAGAUGAGCGGCGGCGGCGGCGGCGGUGAGAUGAUCACACUGGAGGAUCUGGAGUCCGUGUCGGAGGAGCAGCUGUCGGACAGUCCUGAGGAGGAAGAGGAGCAGCAGGACAGACUCCUGCGAUACUGGAGAGACGUGGCGCGCGGACACCAGGUGGAGGUGCCCACAGAUAUGGCUGAACCGAUCCAGCAGAUAACCUCUAAUAAUGACGGCGCACACACGCGUGAGAGCGUCCCAUUCACACUCAUCACACGCAAGGAGAAGUGUGGUGAGGUGUUGUAUGAGAAGCGGCACUAUGAGAAAGCACACUGGGCGUGUAUAACUGUUCAUGAGGACACGUAUGAACAGAGCAUCUGCUACGGCUUCAUGAAGAUCAUGAGAUACAUCUGUCAACAGAACGCUGCAGGUAGUUAUCUGGGCAUGACGAUACCCAUCGUGACGGUGGUGCGUACAGAUGAGAUGCACACUACACUGUCCCGAGCGGUCACUGUAGCGUAUUACCUGCCCGCUCCACACCAGAGCGACCCGCCGCGGCCGCACGACCCCGAGAUCAUCAUCGAGCAGUGGCCCGCUACUAUCGUCUACACCAGAUGGUUUGAACUGAGGACAUCCCUUGAUAUCAGGGCGUUCACUGGUGCUACUAACGAGCUGUCGAUCAUUCAUGAGAUGCACAGUCUGGCGGAGGUUCUAGAUUCACCAUCCAUCUGCGUCAACGACUCCUUCAUCGUGGCUGGAUACACAAACCCUGCGGCGGCCAAUCGUCAGAAUGAGAUCUGGUUCCUGGAGAGACCGUGAGCUGCUCGUCCUGCACUUACACCUGAUCUUACAGACCCCCUCUAUCACCUUCUCUCACAGAACUGAGUACAUCUCAACCAACAGCUGAGAUCUUCACAUGACCUUUGACCCACUGUUCUUCAGUGUUAUGUGAUAGUGAUGAGGUUAGUGAGCAGGUUAGUGGAGGUGUUUGGUUUAUUCUGUCUAGAUAAAGUCUCGUUUAGAGAUCAGACUGCUUUAAUGUUUAGUAGCGCUGAGGGAAACACAAUUUGGCCUUUGUUCACACUGCACAUAAAUCAGUUUUUCAAAUCUCAUCUUUAGGAAUAAAUUGAUAAAAUCUGAUCCGUUCAGACUGUAGAGUCAGUGACCACAAUGUCUACAUCAGCUGCCAUGGUAACUCGAGCACUAAAGCAUUAGCACACUGGGAAGACGCAGACAUGAGGACGGAAAACCAGACAGUUUCGCCUCUGCUUGUGUCCAUCACGUCAUCUCAUUGCGGUACUGAAAUCACGAGGCAUGUCAGAGGCAUUACGGUAUGAACUCGUGUUCCCACGGUCAUGGAAAAUCUCAGGGAACUUUUUCAUUUUUAAAAGACCUGGAAAAUUAUUGGAAAUGAAUUCUUGUAGUGAAUAUAAAAAUGGUCCAAAUCAACCUGAAUGAUCCAUUAGCGAAUCGGUCUGAAUAAAAAGAAAAUAAUAAUUAUCAGUUUCCUGUAGGCAGUUAAUCACAAUCGCAAUUUUACGUUUGUUUGUUUUUUUGUUUUACUCUGAAUUUUGUGAUGUUUAAUCUGCUAUUCUGAUCAUCUUUUGCACACUGAUGAGAUCUCACCAAUCAGAAUGCAGUACACAAAAACGGUACCAGUGAGAGAACAGAACCGAAACCAGGAAGAAGAAUAAACAAAACAGCAUAAAUAACUGAUGCUAUCAUCAAAUAUUCAUGCUAAUACAACUUUUCCCCUCCUGAAAUGGGUUUUCGAACACUGAAAUUUCUUUUGAAUGUAAAAUUGAUUGUUUUUUUUUAGUAAAUGUAGAAGCAAACAUAUUUGCCAAAAUUGCAAUCACAAAAUCUAUUCAAAAAACAAUAUAAAUAUGAUUUUUAUUUGAUUUCUUUAUUUUUUGUUCAUGUUGCACAGUCCUAGUUUCCAGACAUCACAAACUACUAUUUUUGGUAAAAAACGACCACACACACUGCGUCUGAAAUCACUCACUUGUUCACUCAUUCACACUACUGCACUGUGUGUGUGACGUCAUGUCAUGAACGAUGAAAAAACGACUUGAAAUCCAAUCUGACCGUUCAGAAUUAAACACAUGAACAAAGAUCAGAAUCGAAUUGGAUUAUAAACCACAUAU